AUGUGGGCAUGUUCUAGCAUCGCUAGUACGUUUCCAAAGUGCUUGACAACUUUCCUAUUCCUCUAUACGGGUAUCACAACCGUUUUAUACGUCGAGUUUAUUCCUUUCGGCAUAGUGUUAAUUUUAAUUGGAGCUAGUAUCGUUCUGAACCUAUACACUUAUUUCAAAAUUAUCAGAGUGGGCGCUGGAAGUUCAACAGAAUUUCCAGAUCUGAAAAUUGCAAAUCUUGAAGCUGCAGAACAGGGGUUAGAGUUUCCUCCAAAGUUUUUGACUCAAAGAUCAGUAACAUUGAAGAGAAACGGCAGGUUCAGAUUUUGUCGUGAGUGUGUAGUCUGGAAACCUGAUAGGUGUCAUCAUUGCUCUGCGUGCAAUAAAUGCCACCUGAAGAUGGAUCACCACUGUCCGUGGUUUGCGGUUUGUAUCGGGUUUCGAAAUCAAAAGUACUUCAUCCAAUUUCUUCUUUACGCCUUAACAUAUUCUGUCCUCGUGUUUUUCUUUACAGGAGCAGAUCUGUUCAUAUGGUUUCGCUCUCGACGUUAUGAACAUGAAGUUAUCAAUUUAUCAUUAUUAGUGGUAUGGCUUUUAUCUGUCAUCAUCACAAUAUCAGUGGCUGCAUUUACUGGACAUUCAAUCUACCUCAUAACCAAAAACCAAACUGUUAUUGAAAUGUAUGAAUGGAACAAUUACAAGUCAAAUAUGAACAUCUUAGAUGAGUCAAGAGGAACUAUUACUUCGAUCGAUACCAAUAUGUUUGAUCUAGGUUCAGCAUCGCGCAACUGGGAGAGUGUCAUGGGAGAAACUUGGCUUGAGUGGCUUUUGCCUAUUCAGGCGUAUGCCCAGGUAAAAAACAGACAUACCCUAGAUGAAAGUGGCUUAUACUUUAGAGUCAAUGGCAACAUGCAAGGGCAGGUUUCCGGCAGCAUGAUCUUACAAGAGCAACUGAUGCGGCGCUUAACACCAAGGUCCUCGUACGGUGACAAUGAAUUACGACCCCCAGAUAUGCUCUUUGAGGUUAACUAA